UGUCCUGCCUCCGUUCCUGAAGAGCUCAGCAUGUUUGCAGAAAGACCAAGCCUGCUGCUGCUGCUGCUGCUGCCGCGAGCUCCACUGCGCAUCUGUGCCUUUAAACACUUGUGAGCGCGUCUCUCUCCGAGCCCGCAGUCAACGUCCCUCAACUGCGAACGCAGCAGAGCUACGUUUACCCAUUCAGGACCUGGCUCACCUUCACAGCUAGACCCAUGGAAUUAUAACUAUGGAAUAUCUCUGGAUACUGCUCUCGGUCUUUCUACAGUUCACCUUCCGUCCAGGCGACUCAAAGCCCACCAUCACCCCCGCUGACCCCCACAUCGUUGUCAUGCUCAACAAACCCUUCGAGCUGCGCUGUCAGGGCGAGAAGGCCAUGCAGUGGCAGCGGGAGGACCGGCUCAAGGUGCGAGGGGAGAAAAAGAUCGAUGGGAUGUCCACCCUGCACAUCCCCAGGGCUCAGGUGGUUCAUAUGGGGCGCUACAUCUGCCUGGAGGAGAGCUCUGGGACAUCUACGUCCAUCUACGUCUACGUCAAAGAUCCUGACAAUCCCUUCAGAAAAUCGAAGGUGUACAACAUCCUCACUCGUGUGGGAGACGCUGCUUCCAUCCCCUGCCUGGCAACGGAUCCGAGUCUGGACAGCCUGGGCCUGGAAACGUGUUCCGGCAAUGCUCUGGCCUCUGGUCUCCAGUUUUCUGCAAGCCUGGAGCAAGGCGUCAUCAUCCACAACACGCAGAAGGCUUACGAAGGCUGUUAUGUGUGCACAGGACUGCUUGGAGAAGAGCCUGUUAGGUCUAAUGAUUACAUCCUGACUGUUAGACCAGUACCAGUUGCCCCUCCUGUGAUCGAGCUGCUGGCGCCAAAACGGGUCAUCCUCACCCGGGACGAGAGCCUAACCCUCACCUGUAACACUUCUAAUGUGAACGGAGAGAUCUCAGUGAAGUGGGUCACCCCGCCCGGCUCGCAACCAGCUAAGGUUGACGGUGCGUCGCGCAUAACGACGGAGCACUUCACGCACCUGCGCAGCGCCACCUUGAACAUCGCAGCGGUGGGAGCUCGAGACGCCGGGAGGUACCAAUGUGAGGCGCAGAAUGAGAAGGGCGUCAGCUCGCAGUCGGUGUGGCUCGAUGUUUACGAGAAAGGAUUCAUCAACUUAGCACCCACAGAAAACCGAACCAUCCAGGUGCGUUCGGGAGAGAGUUUAACCCUGAACGUUGACUUGGAGGCAUAUCCAAAGCUGCAGAGCCUCUCCUGGAGCUUCAUGGGCCAGGAGCUGAAGAACACGACAGACCACGUCAUCACCACGCAGAGUCACGAGUACAGGUAUAGCAGCGACCUCCGGCUGGUGAGACUGAAAAUGUCAGAGGGCGGAGUCUACACCUUUAAAGCCUCCAACCGUGACGCCUCAGUAAACCAAACCUUCACCAUCUUUGUGAUCAGUAAACCUGAAAUCAUCUCACACGAGGGUCCGGUGGAUGGACAGGUCCGAUGUGUGGCUGAGGGCUUCCCUGCUCCACGGAUCACCUGGUACUACUGUGAGCAGCCUUAUGUCAGGUGCUCUCAACAGGUGAAUGCCACCCAGGAAGAGCACAACGUCAUCACCGUCACCCUGUUCAGCCCCUUGUUUGGGAAGACGGAGGUGGAGAGCCGCGUGAACGUCAGCAGAGGACGGUUUAACACUCUGGAGUGUGUGGCGACAGCAGAGGGAGAGCAGGCCUACACGCUCUUUUCAAUCAGAGAGAGAAGCGAUUUACAUGACCUUUUCACCCCUCUGCUGAUUGGCUCGGUGUCAGCGGUGUGCAUCCUCUGUCUCAUCCUUAUCAUGCUCUUCUACAAGUACAUGCAGAAACCCAAAUACCAGAUCCAGUGGAAAGUUAUCGACGGCAUCCAUGGAAACAACUAUGUGUAUAUUGACCCCACCCAGCUACCGUACGAUCACCAGUGGGAGUUUCCUCGAAACAACCUACGCUUUGGGAAGACGCUGGGAUCUGGUGCAUUUGGAAAAGUGGUUGAGGCAACUGCGUACGGCCUCUCCAAAGCAGAUUCAGUCAUGACGGUGGCUGUGAAGAUGCUCAAAUCGAGCGCUCACGCCACAGAGAAAGAGGCGCUGAUGUCCGAGCUCAAAGUCCUCAGCUACUUGGGAAACCACAUAAAUAUCGUCAACCUGCUGGGCGCGUGCACUGUUGGAGGGCCGACACUGGUGAUCACAGAGUACUGCUGCUUUGGAGAUCUUCUGAACUUUCUCCGCAGGAAAAGGGAAUCCUUCAUUUGCUAUAAGAUGGAGGAAGACUACUACUACCGCAACGUCAUGCCGCAGAGAGACACAGCUGGCGACAGCUUGAACGGCUACAUGACCAUGAGGCCUUCUGCUGCUGGCAACCUGCCGGCAGGCUUCUCAGAGAAGAGACGCUCACUACGCAAAGGUGGCCCCUACGUCGAGGCAGACGCGCAGAGCGAGAUGUUCGAAGAGGACGGUUUGUCUCUGGACACUGAAGACCUCCUCAGCUUCUCGUACCAAGUGGCCAAAGGCAUGGAGUUCUUAGCAUCCAAAAAUUGUAUCCACAGAGACCUGGCUGCCAGGAAUAUCCUCCUGACUCAGGGAAGAGUGGCAAAGAUCUGUGACUUCGGCCUGGCACGAGACAUCACCACGGACUCCAACUAUGUCGUCAAAGGCAACGCUCGUCUGCCCGUGAAGUGGAUGUCUCCAGAAAGCAUCUUCGAGUGUGUGUACACGUUUGAGAGUGACGUGUGGUCCUACGGCAUCUUGCUUUGGGAAAUCUUCUCACUAGGAAACAGUCCCUACCCCGGCAUGCCUGUGGACGCCAAGUUCUACAAGCUGAUAAAAGAGGGAUACAGGAUGGACGCUCCAGAGUUUGCACCCAGUGAAAUGUAUCAGAUUAUGCGUUCAUGCUGGGAUGCUGACCCCUUCAACAGACCCCCCUUCAGGAAGGUCGUGGAGAGGAUCGAACAGCAGCUGUCGGAUGCCACAAAGCAUAUCUAUCUGAACUUCAGCUCCAGGAUCCCUGCAACACCCAGAGCCAGGGAGGAGCCCGAAGCGUCUCAGAACUUGGCUCUCCACCAUCUGCACUCGACCGGCAGCAACAGCCCGGCGUCCCAGCCCUUACUGGUCCAGCACGAGGUCUUCCUGGAGGGCACGACCUUCAGAGCCCAGCGAGUGUGAGGACCCCCCAACCUGUCUGGCCGCCUCAUAAAGUGCCUGUGAUGUUCAACCACAAACCCCCCUCAACCACUCAGCCCGCCCACUGUUCCGCUACCAGCAGCAUGCGUUCGGACACGCCGUAGACAGGAUGGUCAUUUUCUCUCCAAGUAUACAGAACAACAAAGGACAGACGGCUUUGUUAUCACUGUUAUUGCCUGCUGAUUACAUGGAGGACAGUCGGACUAAAGCUGCCCCCGAUUACAGCAAAGAAGCGUUCAGGAGCCCCCGAGGAAGCACGGACUAAAACUGUUACUCCACAUCCAUCAUUAGGGACAUCGCCAGACUGUUAUCUGUUUUACGAGCCCUGUUUUUCUCACACAUCUCAGAAAAAGUAGGUUUUUUUAGCCUGCAGUUCAUCUCCUGCUACCGGACAUUUUUUUGGUGUUUUGUUAUUUUUCUGUUGUGGAUAUUUAUGUAGCAAUUUUGUGGUUGGCUGUUGCAAUUCAAGGAGGAAAAAAAAAAAGCACUUGAGGCACUUGAACGUCACAUCAAACACCAUGUGAAAGCAGCUGUAGUUUAUUUUUUUUACUCUUUUAUUGUCAGUAUUAUUUACAACUGUUCAGAUUUAUGUUUAUAUGAAGGACAUACUUACUGGGGGCCAAUUAAGUGUAGAUAUUAAGACACUGGUUUAUAAGCUAUAAAACAGCAUGAUGAGUCAUGCUAGGGGCGUGUUCAGACCAAAAAAGAGCAAAAAAUAUCUCCUCAUUCAAUGUUAGAAGUCAGUUUGCACCAAAGGACAUAAAUUGAAAAGACAUCAUUAAUGAAGAAGGGCGUUUUCAUAUCUAGCCUGUUUGGUUCUUUCAAAGUUUGUAUUUUACAAUGGCACCAUAUCAGAAACAAGCAUUGGCCUGUCUUGGACAGAAUGGCAAUGCUAAAGUGGGAUUCUGACCAAUUAUAUUUGCUUUUGUCAUGGAGAAACUAUCGUGGAAUAACCCCCAUUAGGGGAGCACAAUAUUAGAUUUUUGCAGAUGUGUAUAAUAACUUUAGCCAAUAGUGAUAUUGAUACUGUCGUAUACAUGUUCAGUGCUUAAAAUACACUUUAAAGUUAAAGGAAUGAGUAGGGACAAAGAAAAGGACCUCAGCCGACGUCGGACUGUUGGUCCUCCCCAAUACGACAAAAUCUAUUGGUGCAUACGGGUGAUAUUCAGUUCAGAUCAAAACUUUAUUGCAGACUCCAGGUCCUGAGAAUAUAUAAAAACAAUACAGCACAUAAAAAAGGACAGAACAAUACAUACAUGUUUCCAAAAAGUCACAAUGAAAGUUAAUAAAUUAGAUUCAGUAUGAAAAAUCAUAAAAAUAAGAUUACACUUAAAUCUGGCAUCGGUACCAGUGUUUCCAUAGUGGUGACACAUAGUUAACAGCAUGUAGAGCAGGGGUGUCAAACUCAAUCACAGUAGGGGCCGGAUUCUGGAUUCAGGUCUAACCUGAGGGCCUAACAGGGUCACCUUUUUAACCAGAAACUGUCAACCUUGUUUUCA